GGCUUGACGAGAUAAACUUGUACCCACCGACUAUCAAAGACCGCGCUUAGGUGGAACACUGCAAUUACAACUGCGCAUGCUUAAGCUCCUAUUCUAGCUGCUGCUCGAUGCUACAGAAGACCACUCGCUUGCUCUUUGUCGUCUGAAUCUCUACUUCACCAUGACUGUUGCCCAGCUCCAUCCAUUGGACCCAUUGACAUGCGAUGAAAUCGCAGCAACGAGCAAGCUCCUCCGCAAGGCCUUUAGCAACAGCAAGAUUCGUUUUCAGCAGAUUGAAUUCAGCGAGCCAGCAAAAGCAGAGUUGAUACCCUAUCUCGAUGCAGAGCGACUGGGCCAGUCUCUACCUGCUGCGCCAGCGAGGCGUAUGAAGUCGUACUUGUGGGUGUACAAGUCUGACCGUGACGUUGAUCUCCACAAGCUGCUCGUCAAUUUGACGUCCGGCCAGAUUGAGAAGGACGAGAUCUUGCCCGAGAGCGUUCAAGCGCCUAUCCAUGCAGAGGAAAUGAUUGAGAUGGAGCAGGUCUGCUUGGCUAAUCCGGCAAUCCUCAAGGAGAUUGAGCGACUGCAAUUGCCAAAAGGAUAUAAGGUGGCGACUGACCCUUGGAUGUAUGGGACACAGGAUGAUACCAACAACAGACGUCGUUUCCAAUGCUAUAUGUAUGUCACGUUGGAUGUGCCAGACGAGGCAGACGAGGCAAACGAGUCGAAUCACUAUGCACGACCUCUUGACUUUUCCCCGGUCUUUGAUGGGCAUACGCACGAAUUGGUGGAAAUCAUACGCUUGCCACUUGGUCUGGACCAUACAACAAGCACAGGCAAAGACCCUUGGGAGGCUGUAUCUGGAUGCGAAUAUCAUGCUGAUCUGACUGGUGUACCUCAUCGCACAGAUCUAAAGCCGCUACUCGUCAAGCAACCUUCUGGUGUCUCCUUUCAAGUCGAUGGUCACCUAGUCCAUUGGCAGAAAUGGCAAUUCCGUGUGGCCAUCACCUUGCGCGAGGGUCUCGUACUGCACAAUGUCAGCUACGAUGGUCGGCAGGUUCUCUAUCGCGCAGCAGUCAAUGAGAUGACUGUGCCGUACGGUGAUCCGCGUGCACCUUAUCAUCGCAAACAAGCGUUCGACUUUGGCGAUGUUGGCAUGGGUCUGACUGCCAAUAAGCUCGGUCUAGGGUGUGACUGUCUCGGCACCGUCCACUACUUUUCUGGCUUUGUGUCGAAUGGAGAGGGCCAGGCUGUUGAAAUGCCGAAUGUCAUUUGCAUGCAUGAAGUUGAUGAUGGUAUCCUUUGGAAGCACACCAACUACAGAAAUGAACGUGCCAAGGUGGUCAGGAACCGCAAGCUUGUCAUCCAAAUGGUUGCGACAGUUGGUAACUAUGAAUACAUCUUCGCUUGGGAGUUGGAUCUGGCUGGUGCUAUACAUAUGGAAAUGCGAGCGACUGGUAUCCUGUCAACAAUGCCAAUCAAGAAAGACCUCAUCAAUGGUACGACCGAAGAAGGUCGUGCGAACGCAAAGAAGCUGGGCUUUGGCACUGUAGUUUCUGAGGGCACCAUGGCAGCGAAUCAUCAGCACUUGUUCAACGUUCGCAUCGACCCGGCAGUUGAUGGACAUCGUAACAUCAUCGUCAAGGACGAAUCUGUCGCGAUGCCUUUGGAUGAAGAGAAUCCCUGGGGCGUUGGCUACAUCAAUAAACGCGAAACACUUUCUCGCCCAUGCUUCCAAGACUUGGACAUCAGUAAGGCACGCACAUUCAUUGUCCAGAACCCGACAAAGUUCAAUAAGAUCAGCGGCAAGCCUGUUGGCUACAAGUUGCACGCUCAUGCUUCACAAAUGAUGUUGAUGCACCCAAACUCCUAUUCCUUCAAGCGUGCAUACUUCGCACAGCAUCCAAUUUGCAUCACAAAGUACAGAGAUGGCGAGUUGUAUGCUGCUGGAGAGUUCACCAACCAGUCAAUUGCGGAUACAGGGUUGUUUGAAUGGACAAAGCGAGAUGAAGAGCUAGACACGGAACUGGGUGAUGAUGUGGUCUUGUGGCAUACCUUUUCCUUAUCACACUCGCCAAGACCUGAGGACUUUCCUGUCAUGCCAGCAGAGGUGAUCAAGAUGUCAUUGAAGCCAACAUCUUUCUUUGAUCAGAAUCCCGCGAAUGACUGUGUACCGUCGUCGCAAUCAAUCAAUCAGAGUGUCUUGGCUGGUCUUACGAAUGGCUGUUGUUGAGUCUGACGACGACUGAUGUACUAUAUCAAAUUUCAGGUGACGGAGAGUAUGGGUCUCGUUUCAUUGAGAAGCU